UCGGAGCGGGUGCUGAGGCGAGCAGCUCCCGGUUUUUGGUGUUUUUCUGCGGGGUUCGGAGCUGCGGGACUGGGCCGCAGUAGUCGGGCUCUUUUUGGAGCGGAACCAGUAGUAUGAGAACUUCCAUCCCAGCUCCUUUGGUUUCUUUCAUUCACGCAUUUUCCCAUUUUCUUCAUUUUGACCAUCCGACCUCAUUGUUUGCACAUUUUUCUGCUGCUGUCACCCUCACCACCACCUCCACCUCCACCCGCUAAACGGAAAAAAUCACCAUUCCACCAGCAGGCAUCUCCGUCUGUCUUGCGCUGGAUUUGGGCUCGCGCUGUUUGACAGAGACGCAGAGGGAUUUAUUUUGUGGUCUGUUUCCGCGUGCCAGCAGGUCCAGCAACGGAGACCACCAGGGAUGGAUUUCAGUGGGUUGCGGUCUCACUCCCUGAACAGAGGAGAAUAUUAAGGCACUGAGUGAACUGCUGCGCGCGCCUUUGGUUUCUGGAACAAGUCUUUCAUCUGGAGAUGCUCUGAUCGGGGCUCGCAUGUUCCCUCUGGGUCAGGAUUUAAGGUGAAGGACCCUGAACCCCUCUGUCGGAGCUCUGGUCUUCUCUUCCCUUUCCCUCCUCCUUUCUUUUCUCUCUCUCUUUUUUUUUUUUUUUUUUUUUUUGAGACGGAUCGUGCGCCGCGCGCUCGCCAUGGGGGACUCGAUGUGGAGAUAUUAUUUUGGAGUUUUGUUUAUCGCCUUCAGAGUGGACUUAUGCCGCGCGCUCAUCCUGGAGUCCAUAUACUGGAACACCACGAACACCAGGUUCGUGCCAGGCCAGGGCGUGGUGUUGUACCCCCAGAUCGGGGAUAAGUUGGACAUUGUGUGUCCUCGUGUGGAUGGUGGUGUGGGCGACGGAGUGGAGUAUUACAAAGUGUACAUGGUCCCCAAGGAGCAGCUGGAGAGCUGCACCAUCACCAAGGCUGACACGCCGCUGCUCAACUGUGUGAAGCCAGACCAGGACGUCAAGUUCACGCUGAAGUUUCAGGAGUUCAGUCCAAACCUAUGGGGACUGGAGUUCUUCAAGGGGAAGGAUUACUAUAUCAUCUCUACAUCUAAUGGCACCAUGGAGGGCAUCGACAACCAGGAGGGAGGAGUCUGCAAGACCAAGUUUAUGAAGAUCACGAUGAAAGUGGGACAAAGUCCCUCAGACCCGAUUUCACCCAAAGACAACCCCACCAGAGUACCCUACCCCCCCAAACACACCGAUAAGGAUAGCUACAACCCCAACGAUUCGCUGCAGAAACCAGGUCUAGCUCCGCGAGAAAGCAGUGAAAAUGGCGGAAAUGGCGGGAAGUCCUCCAGCGUCAUCGGCUCUGAAGUGGCCAUCUUUGUCGGCAUUGCCUCAGGCAGUGUCAUCUUUAUCAUCAUCAUCAUCAUGCUGGUUCUGCUGCUGCUGAAGUAUAGACGGCGGCAUCGUAAGCACUCUCCACAGCAUGCAACCACGUUGUCUCUGAGCACCCUGGCCACACCCAAACGGAGCGGCGGCGGCGGCAACAACAAUGGCUCGGAGCCCAGUGACAUCAUCAUCCCACUCAGGACUGCUGACAGCGUCUUCUGCCCUCAUUACGAAAAGGUGAGCGGUGACUACGGACACCCGGUCUACAUAGUCCAGGAGAUGCCUCCUCAGAGCCCGGCCAACAUCUACUACAAAGUCUGAGACGGAGCGCUGACAUGCAGGAACUGGAUCCAUCCUCGAGCAGAGUGGAGUUUAGCUUGGGAACGUGUCCCCAGCAGCUUACUCGCUCGCUCUUUCUCUCUCUGUCUCGCUCUGUUGACACCUCCCCCCCACUCCCUUCUUUCCUCUGAUGUUUAGUCACUAUAUUCUUGCCGCUCUCGAAGGUUUGCUGAUACCUUGUAGUUGUGGUUCGGUUUCUGUCCACGCAGACUGGAUGAGCAGAGGGCUAGAGAAAAGGCUGCAGCUGUCACCGCUGCUGCUCUCUGGGAAGUAGAGAGGACAGCCUCUUCUUUCCCCGCUGUUGCUCCCUGGUUUAUUUUGUGCACUGCAGCCAGCGUUGUGUGACAAAGGGGGGACUUUUCCUUUGGGAUGAACAGAUUAAUGAAUUUGAAGGAUUCAGACAGAGCAGAAAGCUUCUUGCUGGCUUCACCUUAAGAGAGACUACUGCUUGAAAUUAAGAAGGAAGAGAGACACUAAAGGAACAAUGAAGCCGGUGGAAGCUGGAUCUGGGCAGUUCGUGACAACAUGGCCGCCCUCUACCGACUGCUGAGUGAGACGGUGGAUUUACCAGCUAAAGGCGGAAGAAGCAGAGAGAUUGUUGCACUGAUCGUCUCUGGGACUUUUCCUGAGGACUAACAAAGACCACCAUCACCUUUCCACCCAUAUGUUCACCAUCACACACACAAAGAGUCACCCUGGGCAACAGGAAGUGUUUGGGCUUCUAAGUGUUGAUCAGAUCAUUUCUCUUCAUCCUCAGAUGCAUCAUCACUUCUCUCAGAUGUUACUUUAAAGUUUUUAGAGAAUCAUUUCCUGUCCAUACUUCAUAUUUCUAUUCAUAUCUUCUGGUCUAGUUCAGGUUCAGAUGGAUUGUUUAAUAACUCCAACGCUGUCUCCUCAGAAAGAGCAGGUAUGUCCAGGUGGACUUAGGAGAGUGGGUGGUGUUCUUUCUCACAGUACAUAGUGCAGCACUUUUACCCAACCCCCCUUUUACUUUUGUUGUGUGGUAUCUCCAUUCUUCUCAGCAGUCCACAGAGAGACAAAGUGAUCUCUGAAGAUGGGGAGAAGCCGUUUCCUGUCAGAGCGGUGAGGGCCUGCCUCUAGAGCCCAGAUUAGGGGCCAUGAGACACUCAGUUCGCCUUAUCGCUGAUUUUUUUCACAUCAGGUGAAGAAGAAGCCCAGGAUGAAGUUGUUGAUAGCAGAGCUGGUUGAAACUGAUCUAGGUACUGUAAUGUUAACCCACAGGGGUCCAGGGAUGAGUGAUGAUUAGGGUACCCUAAGGGCCAAAAAUCAGCAUGACCGGUGCUCUCCUAUCCUGUUUCUUUUGUUGUUUUGUUUUGUUUUUUUUGUUUUUUUGUUUUUUUUAAAAGCACAGGGACGCCUCCUUUCGUUGUCACCGUUUCCUAGUCUCCAUCAGCAUUUCCUUCCUGUUUCUUUUUCUUUUUUUUUUUUUUUUACUUUUUACUAAAUAGAUGUAAAUUUAAAAAGGACAUUAAAAGAUAAAAAGAAAAAAAUAAGAUAAGCAAAAAUCUAUUUAUGAUAGACACAUAGAGCACAGGUGUUUUCAGACAGUAUGGAGGAGGAGGAUGACGAGGAGUAAUGUUAAUAUAUAAUAGUAAAAGUGCACAUUAUGCAAUCUAUAUACCUGAUUAUCUAAUAUCUCUGGACUGGUUUAGUCUGGUUGUUUUACAAGCUGUGUCAGAUUAAAAGCCUGGGAUGGAGGACGGGUCUGGACCCGAACUCUGGCUGCAGCAGAGCUUUCUGGUCCCGGGAUGGAGGACGGGUCCAGACCAGAACUCUGGCUGCAGCAGAGCUUUCUGGUCCCGGGAUGGGGGACGGGUUCGGACCCGAACUCUGGCUGCAGCAGAGCUUUGUGACCCAGUUUUCAUAGGUGUAUACCAGUUCAGACUGCCUGUGUGACCCCCCCCAGCAGAGCAUCUCCCAAAGGAAAAGUCACAUGAAAACACAGUUUUCUUAAAAAUACCAUCCAUGUUUUAUGUGCACGUGUGUUAGUGUGUGUGUGUGAGUGUGUGUGUGUGCACGUUUACGUGACUUCACCUUCACCAUUGGCUUAGGACUUGUGACUUAGGCCUCACCCAAAGCAUCUAUCAGCCCAUUGUUGACAUUGUCAUUGAUUCAUACAGAACAUCAAAUUUCACCGAAAAGCCAAGCCUUGUAUGAUCUGAGGUUUGUGCCUCUGAGAGGCUACAAAAUCUGCAAAUAUGCAAUUCUUAUUUAUUUUUUUAAUCAAUUAUGAGAAGAAAAAAAAACCUAUGGAAAGUGUUCUUAACCACUGAAAGAUGUAACAACAAACCAACCACAAACCUAGCAAAGUAUUUCACACCAGUCUGCUGAUAGCUUUUAUUCCUGCAUUAUUUCUGCUAAUAUCUGAACCUUUCUGUUUUGACUGUGCCGUAGUAAAGGGGUAAACUGUGAAAAAAAGCAAAUGUAACACAGCUCAACAGGAAAAUGAAAAAGACAAUGUUAUUUUAGUUGCUGUCUGACUGCGGCAGAAUAUGACAAUCUGAUUAGUUUCUUUGAAUCUGGCGUCCUUUUCUUAGCUGCUGCUUGGUUAAAGCUCUCUCAACGCUGAGCCGGUUUGGACUGACCUGCUCUGAAAUGUUGUAGCGAUGCUGUGAGAGUCUUAGCACACAGGCUAGGAGAAGCACCUCAGGCUACUGUAAAAUGCCUUGCUCGUAUGGUCAGCCCUUGGUCACUUGACUCAGUAAUUUUGCACCGUACUUCUGUAGGUAAGAAACUGUAAAUACAUUCAUGUUUGUAUUGUAUAUGGAUCCUGGGUUGUUACAAUAGCCUUAUUCACCUUUGUAGGAAAGUAAAUGGGAAAGAAAAUAAAAAAACAAAA